AUGACCCUGUCGACGGAUCGAGCUCGGGGUGGGGGCAGGUCAAUGGGAAGAGGGAGAAUGGCAGGAGGACAUUGCGCAAGGGAGGAAAAACUGGGAUCCGAACGGGAAUGUGGGUCUGUAGAUGUCAUCAGCUCGCCGGCUCCUUCUUCGAAUGUGACUGUGGUCGAGUUGUCGAUCAUGGGCGAGGUUACUAUGCAUAGAGCUCGAAUAGAUGGCAAGUCGGCCGGCCAGACGUUCUUUGCGGGGAUGGCUUCAUUCGUAACUCGUCGUUCCUCGUCGCCUCACCUUCGCCGCCAGGACAUUUUCACGAAUGCGAAAAUCUCACUACCCUGGACCGCCUGCCUGCCGCCACCCCCAUAA